UGCACCUUAUGAAAAAGCUAUGAGACAAUACGAGCUUGUACAUUAUGAUGUUUGUCACAAUGUGUACCAACAUAAAUGAAAUGAAACGCGCUGAGCACUAUUGUUCACAGUUUUUCAAAUGAUUCCAUCUUGGCUUCCAGUUGUAAGAGCUUCCGCCAUCGGUUGGACACCACUGCUUCGAAGUAGAUUGCCUGAUGAGCCUUUGAUCACUAACAAAAAGUAUAUAAAGGAUCGAAAGAUAGUAAUUAAUGUAAGUGGACGGAGAUUCGAGACUCGCAAAUCCACGCUCGAGAAAUUUCCCGACACACUGCUUGGUUCUGAUGAGAAAGAUUAUUUUCAGGAUCCGGUUUCAAAAGAAUAUUUUUUUGAUAGAGAUCCGGAGCUCUUUCGUUACAUUAUGGAAUAUUAUCGAUCAGAGAGGCUCCAUCUACCAAAGGAUUAUUGUGUGACUGCUUAUCAUGAAGAAUUGUUGUAUUUCGGUAUCAUGCCAGAAAUCAUGGGAGAUUGCUGCUAUGAAGAAUAUCUUGACAAAUACAGGGAAAAUAAGGAAAGGCAGCAGGAAGAUAAGGAGGUUGCAUCAGAAGAGGAGCAACUAUCAACAAACUUUAGAGACAGGUUAUGGCGCGCAUUUGAAAAUCCCCAGGCUUCAACACUAGCAGUCGUGCUUUAUUACGUGACGGGAUUCUUUAUAGCUGUUUCAGUACUGGCUAAUAUAACAGAGACUGUUUCUUGUGGCAUUAGUGUUGAAACUGGAGAUAAUAUUCCUUGUGGAGAAAAGUAUAACGCCGCAUUCUUUUGUUUGGAUACCGCUUGUGUACUUUUAUUUACAAUCGAGUAUUUAGCAAGGCUGUAUGCAGCUCCUGCAAAAUGCAAAUUUAUUAGAUCUGUUAUGUCAAUCAUCGAUAUAGCCGCAGUUUUUCCUUAUUAUGUCGGACUUUUUAUGUCGAAUAACAAGGAAUUUUCAGGUGCUUUCACAACUUUGCGAGUGUUUCGAGUUUGUCGCAUUUUCAAAUUUUCGAGACACAGUAAAGGAUUGAGGAUAUUAGGUUGCACAUUGCGUUGCUGCGCCUCUGAAUUAGGCUUUCUUCUAUUCACGAUAACAAUGGGCGUCAUUAUUUUUUCAACGAUAAUAUUUUACGCAGAAAAGUCGGAAAUAUCACAGUUUAGUAGCAUUCCAGCAGCAUUUUGGUACACGAUUGUCACAAUGACUACUUUGGGAUAUGGAGAUAUUGUACCAACUACAAUUAUUGGAAAAAUAGUUGGCGGUAUUUGUUCACUUUCUGGUGUACUUGUUAUCGCCUUACCAGUCCCUGUGAUUGUUUCACAUUUUGCCAGGAUAUAUCAACAAAAUCAACGAACUGAUAAACGAGAAGCUCAAAAAAAGGCGAGAUUAUCUCGUUUAACAGAAAUGAAAGCUGUUGCAGAGAAUGCAUUCUCUGAAGGUAGAAAACGAUAUAAAAAUAGGAAACUAUUGGAGCAUCAUAAAUCAAAUGUAAAUGUGAUAGUAAAUAAAGAUAAUACACAAGAAGUAAACGAUAUUGUACAAAAUGAUGAAAUGAAUAAUAUUCAACUUCUUGAGUUGAAAAAGUACAAAGCUGAUGAAGUACAACAAGAAAAAGAUGUAGAAAUGUUCCAUAGGCAUGAAGAAGAACAUAUAGAACAUAUACAGAAAAUGGACCAUGCAGGAGGAGAACGAAAUGUUUCAACUGAAGAGGAUACUGAAGAUGUUCAUGAUUUAUUUGAACAACAGUACUAUCAUCUAAUUGAUUGUUUGCAACAAACAACUGGUCUAGAAGUUACUGAAUUUAAUAAACUGACAUCAAGUGGAAAUAACAAUCGAGUAACAAAUAUUAAAUUGAACACCAGUGGAAAAAAUGUACAAAAGCCUAAAUCUUUUAACAGUACAAGUAAUUCGGGUGAAUUACAAAGUCAACCAAUAAACAUGGUACCAGUGCGACGUAAAUUGAUGCUACCACGUUUACGUCGAUUUUCAACAUGUUGUCAUCGGAGAAGACGUUAUAUGGACAGAGAUCGAACUAAACUAUCAUCAUCCAAUGCUGGACAAACUCAUUCCUCCAAUCCACAUCCUGAUCAUAAUUCAUCGAAAUACCCUUUGGUAUCGGUCAAUAAAGCCAACAGUGAAGAAAUUGCUUCCACUUCAUCUGAAAGAUGAUAGCUCAAAUUAUUUCAGUUCUGUAUUGAAAAUCCACUUGGAAUUUAUUUACCA